GUCAAAGUGAAAGCAGAAGUCCCCGUUUACCACAUCCUCCUACUCUGUGCGUAUCAGGAUAUUAAGCCGCACUGUGAGCGUCAAACCCGUCGCCGUGCCAACCGUUCAGGCUUUCUCCCCCCGAACCGGGUCCCUGUGCAGGGCGUUUCCACCCCAAAUAAAAAAAAAAAACCCCCCCGGAGGGCCUGAACGGUUGGAGCGGCGGGGUGCGUUUGUGCAUGCGUUGGCGGGCGGAGUUUGAGAAAGCCCGGCGGUGGAAACGGCCUUUAACCAAACUCCUCCUUCUUCUCUGUGCUCUCCCCCCCUUCCUGCUCCUGGCUGCCGCUCUUGUCUCCUCUAAGCAGGUCCUGGGUGAACCUGUACUGCGUGCUGAGGCAGGGGGAGAUGGGCUUCUACAAGGAUGCCAAGAACACGAGCACGCCGUACAACAGCGAGCCGCUGCUCAGCCUGUCCCACUGCCACUGCGACGUCACCAACGGCUACAAGAAGAAGAAGAACGUCUUCACGCUGAAGACGAAGGACGGCAGUGAGUUUUUGUUUCAUGCAAAAGAUGAGGAGGACCUGAAGGCCUGGGUGACCAGCAUCACCGCCAGCAUCUCGGAGCACGAGGAGAUCGCCAAAUGGGGCCAGCCCCAACCAACUACCUCAUCCACCGACGAGGGCACGCGGCGGGACGCCAGCAAGGCCGACAACCGGUCAGAGCGGGGCGGCGAGCGCUCGGACCGCGGCGACCGCAUCGAGCGGGCCGAUAAGGACCAGGAGAAGGAGAAGGAGAAGGAGAAGGAGAAGGAGCGGGAGAGGGGGGAGCGGUCGGAGCGCUCGGACAAGGGGGGGAAGUCGGACGCCAAGCGCUCGGAGAAGCCCGGCAAGAAGAAGUGAGCGGGUCGGCCGGGACUGACGUGACCUUUGACCUCGGACGGGCGGCGGGCCCCGCCCCCUCACCGGGCGGAAAAAGCGGCUCUGGGCCCCGGCUCCGUCUUUCUUCCUCCUCUCUCUCUCUCUCUCUCUCUAUUUCUCUCUCUCUCUCUGUCGGGGGGCGGAGCCCCGGGGACGCCGGCGGGAGUCGCCGGGCAGAAAAGGCGGCCUCCGAUCGCCCUCCGUCCGUCUGUCCGAGCCUCUCUCUCUCUCUCUCUCUUUCCGCUCGCCGGACGCCGGGGGGAGAGCCGAUCCACGCCAUGGCGGUGGCGGCGGCUCGCAGACGAAAGGUAGACGUGUGGUGUUGUGUGUUUUUCUGUCGCCGUGUCGUUCCUUCACGCGCCAUCCCGUCCGGAAGCUCCUGCCAU